AUGGCAUCGAGAAAGAAACAGCCGCGGAAAAGGGAUGACAUCCAUUUUGUCAACGCCAGACCAGCUUCUGAGACCGAGAAAUUGAAAGCCCAGCGUCUGGUUCGCGCCCACGUCGGCCGCUGGAUCUCCGACCAAACAAAAGACCGCUCUGAAGCUGCUGUGCGCCGUCCCGUCCGCGACCCCAUUUCCCACGUAUCUGCCAAUGAUCCUGGUGUCGGUCCGUCGUCGUACGCCCUCGUGUCGCGCUCCAGCAAUCGCAACGUCCCUUUUUCGUUCGCGCAGCCUCCCCGUCAGUACUCGCCGUUUCCUCCGUCGCAUCAUAGUGAUAGCAGUGAUAGCUCCAGUGGUGAGGAUACUGUGAGCGUGAUCUCGACCGAGCAGCAUGGCGUCGUGCGAUGGCGCAAGCGCUCUUCUGUUGUCCGUGAGAUAUCAGGCGUCUUCGACCCUUUCGGCACAUAUCCUGCGCCCGCGCACUUUGAUCCGGAGAUAGUCGAUCUGUCGGAGCGGUAUAUUACGACUGUCAUCUGGCCGGGCCUUGCGCCGAGGCCGAACCACAUUAAGGCUGCGGGUGAAUCAUGGUUUCCCUUGUCGAUGGCGGACCCCGCAUUGUUCAGCGCGUUCAUGUUCGGGUCGCUAUGUCAUCUGCGCGUGCAAUGGCAGAAUAAUUGGGUGCCGGGAACAGUAUUCGGUCCAAGGCAGCGGCAAUUACUACAGUUGUGUGAAAUGGAAUCCAUCAAGUUGAUCAACAAGGCUAUGAGGGACCCCACACGCGCAGUCAGCGAUGCUGUUAUACUGAGUGUUAUCUGUAUGGCACAUCAUCAAGCCGAAGAGAAAUUGGUUCAACAGCAUCGGAAAACGGCUUUCAACCCGCCGUUCCCACGAUUACAAUGGCUUGAUGUUUCCGCUAUCCUCACUUGCAGUUCCCUCUGUGUAAACCCAGGCUUCGAAUUCUGGCCUCUAGAUGACACCCGCGAGGGUAUGAACAUCCAUGAAUUACUCGGUUUCACUCCAUCAGAUACAGACCACGGCUUCGCCCGCCUCCAAGCAAUAGGCGCAACCCACGAAAUGGCAGAAGCUUUCCAGGCAGUCCAGACAUACAUCGGGAUCAUCAAAGCUAGCCCGACAUCUACGUCGGACGUCUCUCUUCUCGCCGAUCGCCGUAAUAUAACACAACAUACUCUCAUCUCUCUCAAGCCUGCUUCGGAGUUGCAGCAUCUCUUCUCGCAUCCUACUCAUGCAUCUACUUAUGAAGCGUGCCGUCUUGCCGCGCUGAUCUUUGGCGUAGGCGUUAUCUUCCCCAUCCCCGCUCAAAAUACCCCUCUUCAUACUCUCGCACGGAACAUUCAGUCUGUGCUCCUCCAGCCUUCUUCUUCUGCGUUGUGGUCUUCUCCUUCGACCCGCUUUGCCCUCAUUUGGAUUUUGACAUUGGCUGGUAUUGCUGCUCACGAAGCACCAGAGCGGACUUGGUUUGUGUCUGCUUUGGCCGAUAUCACUCGUCGCACUGGCUUGUCUUCCUGGGGAGGUCUCAAAUCAGUGCUGGGCUCGAUGCUUUGGUAUGAUGCGGCUUGUGACCAGGCUGCUGAGGCUCUCUGGUUCGAGGCGCAACGUACCCAUCAACAUCAACGUGCAUAUGUGCUUGUGUGA